AUGGCUGCAGCUUCGGUCGGACAAGUCAACAUUGCCGUCAUCGGUGCUGGCGGGGUCGGAAAGUGUUUCCUGGCCCAGCUUGAACAGCUCGCAGCGCGCCGUCCCAGCCCGAAACUUGCGCUUACCUACAUCAGCACGAGCAAAAAGGCCAUCUACAGCGACGAACACGCCGCCAUUCCAAUCAAUGACGUCUCGUCGACCCUCGCUUCCUCGCGACAGACUCCACUCGCCCUGUCGCAGCUUGUCGACUUCCUCGGCAAAUCUGGCGUCAACACCGUCCUAGUUGACAAUACGAGCUCCCAAGACGUGGCCGACGCCUACCCACAGUUUCUGGGCCGCGGCAUCAGCAUCGUGACGCCCAACAAGAAAGCUUUCUCGGGAUCGUACCAGCUAUGGCAGGACAUCUUCGCCGCGGCGGAGCGCUCUGGAGCGCGGGUAUACCACGAGUCGUCUGUGGGUGCGGGCCUACCCGUGAUCUCGACGCUUAAGGACCUCGUGGACACGGGCGAUGAAGUGACGAAGAUCGAGGGCGUCUUUAGCGGCACCAUGUCCUUCCUCUUCAACUCGUUCGCCCCAACUUCCGGUUCCGGCGGCCAGUGGUCGGCCGAGGUGAAGAAGGCGAAGGAAUUGGGGUACACCGAGCCGGACCCUCGCGACGAUUUGAACGGCCUGGAUGUCGCGCGCAAGUUGACCAUCCUUGCUCGCCUAGCGGGUCUACCGGUUGAGUCGCCGACCGCCUUUCCCGUGCAGAGCCUGAUCCCAAAGGAGCUCGAGUCUGCAACGAGUGGGGACGAGUUUCUUGAGAAGUUGCCGGCGUUUGACGCGCAAAUGGAGGAGACCAAGGCGGCGGCAGAAAAGGAGGGCAAGGUGGUGCGGUUCGUUGGUAGCAUCGACGUGGCUACGAAGCAGGUCAAGGUUGGACUCGAAAAGUUUGACCUGUCACACCCCAUUGCGGCGCUGAAGGGCAGCGACAACAUCAUUAGCUUCUACACUAAGCGGUACGGAAGCAACCCGCUCAUCAUCCAAGGCGCUGGCGCCGGCGGUGAUGUGACGGCAAUGGGUGUCACUAGCGACCUACUCAAGGUGCUGUCCCAAAUUGCAUAA